AUGGUGGACAACGCCGCCCCCUGGAGCACGUCGCCCCCAAAGCUGACCAUGCCACCUGGAGCACGCAAGCAGGAGCGCUUCGACGGUGGAGCGACAGCGCCCACAGGCAGUGCGCCGAUGCCUGGUUCAAGAUCAGAGGCAACAAGUGGCAUGGAGUUUUUCGCUGCCAAUGCUGUCGACCUUGACCUGAACUCAGAAGCUCCUGAUUACCCACACCUAUAA